AUGUAUGUGGGCUAUCUGUUGGAUAAGGACACCAACAUGUACCCCAACCCAGUCAGGCAUCCCAGCCUGAACCUCAGUCCGCAGAAUUACGUGCCUGUGCCCUCUCAGUACCCGGAUUUUGCUGGCUACCACCACGUGCCAGGGAUUAACAGCGAUCCUCAUCAUGGGCAGCCCGCGGGUGCCUGGGGUUCGCCAUACACUCCAACCAAAGAGGAUUGGCUCUCUUAUGGCGCAGGAGCCCCUUCAUCGGUUGCUAACCCGGGCCAGUUUGGAUACAGCCCUCCUGAUUUCAAUCCAAUACAGCCACCCGGCUCUGGAUUGCUGCCGCCUUCCAUGAACGGCUCCGUACCCCAGUUGUCCCCAAACGCACAAAGGCGUACCCCUUUUGAAUGGAUGAGACGCAACGUUCCCACCAGCAACAACGGUGGCAAGACCAGAACAAAGGACAAGUACCGUGUUGUGUACACAGACCAUCAGCGCUUGGAACUGGAAAAGGAGUUCCACUACAGCCGCUACAUCACCAUCCGGCGGAAAGCAGAGCUGGCAGCAACGCUUGGACUCACUGAACGACAGGUGAAAAUCUGGUUCCAGAAUAGGAGAGCUAAGGAGAGGAAGGUGAACAAGAAGAAGAUGCAGCAACAAACACAGCCCGCCAGUACGACCACACCCACCCCUCCAACAAUUGGCACACCUGGUCCAAUUGGGGGUAUCUGCAGCAGUACCACCAACCUGGUCUCCUCAUCACCAAUGACUAUCAAGGAAGAAUACAUGCCUUAA